GUAUCCUUCUUUGUUACUUUGCCCCCUCACAUGAAAUAUUACUCUACCUUCAGGCUAUCACUACUUUUCAACUCUCCUUCUGAUCUGAUCUGUUUCACUCUAGUUUCCACUUUAGAUUGUUGUGUGUUGUCUGUCCUCAAUGUGAGCUCUCCUUUCACCAUUUCACUCGUUUAUUCUGUCUUCAUUCUUUGGCUAUGUUUCCUCUCCACACUCUUUCCCUCUCUUCUUGUCCAUCUGUUCAUGUGUCUGUCAUUUUUUUUGACGUUUCACGCAGCUAUUGGCUGUUUGCACAGAGGAUAAGAAAUUAACUGGCGACUUGGCGGGGACGUUUUGGUUUGGUCUUCCUUCGACGUUAGCACAGUUAAUGUUACGAAACGGUUUCAGGGAAAAGUUAUAACGACCCGUGAGUUGUAUUUCAAACCACUGCAACAUUCGUAUCAUCCCUUUAAAAUGGAUUGCCUGAAUGUUUCUAGUAUAUUGCCAAUCUCACCAAGGAAAAAGCGAGGACAAAUCCAGGUCAUAUUUGGACCAAUGUUCUCUGGAAAGAGCACUGAAUUGAUGCGGAGAGUGCGUAGGUUCCAGGUUGCACAGUACAAGUGCCUAGUGAUAAAAUAUGCCAAGGACACUCGCUAUUCUGACCAAGGGGUUGCCACACAUGACAAGUAUACAAUGGAGGCAGUACCAGCCAACUGCCUUGAGGAUGUGCGUUCUCUGGCACUGCAGGCUUGUGUCAUUGGCAUAGAUGAAGGACAGUUUUUUCCAGACACCGUGGCGUUCUGUGAGGAAAUGGCCAACAAUGGCAAGAUCGUGAUUGUUUCAGCACUGGAUGGUACCUUUCAGAGGAAGGCAUUUGGCAAUAUCCUGAACCUAGUGCCUCUGGCAGAAAGUGUGGUAAAGCUGAAUGCCGUCUGCAUGCAGUGCUUCAAAGAGGCUGCCUACACCAAGAGGCUCGGUGCUGAGAAAGAGGUGGAGGUGAUCGGAGGAGCUGACAUGUACCACGCCGUGUGCCGUAGCUGUUACGGGGGCCUUUUGGCAAAGAGUGGGAAAGAAAAUUGUGAGCCUUCUCGAGAGGAGACGCCUCCGAACAAGGUCUCCGGCAAGCAACUGGACCUGAGCGCCCAACGUAAACUGUUUGGCCAACUACAGCUCUGAGUGGGUCUCAGAUGGGCAUGAUUGGCACACUACAGCUCUGAGUGGGUCUCAGAUGGGCAUGAUCGAUGAACUGAGGCAGAGCAUCAAAACCAACCAGUGUCAUUUGUACAUGUCAGAUGAAUUCUUUGUGGUACAAGACUGUUGUAAAAUGUAAAUUUGUUAGAAUUAACAUAUAUUUGGUUGUUUACAUUGUGUGUAUUUUUAAAAGCUUUUUCAUCAACGAUCACAAUCAAACAUCUUUUAUCAAACAUCACUUUCUGUACAAUACAUGUGUAUAUAUACCAGUAACAUAACUAUGAUUUGAUGUUUUGGGUUUUGCAUAUUAUAUUUAAUGAAAUAAACUAUAGUUGUCAUUUCGGA